GACGCCUUCUUGGAUUUCUUUAUCAUCGUACUUAUGUCAGAUGUUCGGGAGGGUCUUUUGGUUUAACAUAUAUGGGUUUACACGGGAAAGCUGCUAAUGAAUGAAUCGCUAUUCGGCUAACUAUGGCUUCUAUAUGGCGAAGAGCUUGCGUCGGCUGCACUAAAUCCAAACGGCAAUGUACCAAAGCCGUACCGGCGUGUCGGCGUUGUGCAACCAAAGGAAUCCCUUGCGUGUAUCCACCGGCCCGACAACGUGACAACCUCCAUGUAGAUGCGGAAGCCGCCGCAAUACCUUCCGCAACUACCGGGAGUUCCGCAAACCCGCUUCCUAUGAUUUGUCAUGAUAUCGACAGGAUAGGGAAUAACGACAUGAACUUCUAUCCGCUACAGCUGACGCUAUCAGACUUAGCUGAAGAUCUGAUUCCGCGAGCAACAACAUACCAUUCACAGCACCCAAUAGGCAACAGUCCAUCAGACGUUUCAGCAGGUCUAUGGUUUCUGGCGCCAGAGUCAUGGGUCGCAGAUCAUUCUUUAUCUCCGCUUAAACAGCCCGUGCUUACUCAGGAUCGUAUGCUCCAACGUUUCAUCGAUAGCGUUCAGGAUUGGCUGCGGCGGUGGGUAACGGACGGCAGCAGCCCGCUGCAUCACCACCAGUUAUACCGCGAGAAAAUGCCGCGGUGCGUGCAAGACGCGCAUUCAGCUAUUGCUCUAUAUCAUAUGACAACGUGCAGCAAUGCUGACACGAGGGCCACGAUGGCCCGCGUACUGGAGGACCGCGUUACGCAACUGCUGGAGGAUCAAACCUUCGAGGCCUCGCUAAGGUCGGGUGAGGGAAUGGACACAUUUAAUCACAUAUGCCGAGUCCAGUCGCUACUAACGUACCAGGCUAUUCGACUUCUCGACGGCGAUAUAUGCAUGAGAGCCCAAGCCGAGGCGCUGAUUCCCACUCUCUUCCUCUGGACGCAACAGCUCCUCGACAGCACAAAGAACAGCUUAACGCAGCCGGCACGCUUCCUCGCUAACAUUGCAGCGUCCUAUCCUACCGCAGCUAAUUCCGAGGAUGCCAUCCUCUGGAAGGCUUGGAUCCUGGUCGAGAGCACGCGGCGCACGUGGCUCGUCGCCAACUACCUUCAGGAGACAUAUCUCUACAUGAAGCGUGGGUGGAGCGGGUGUCCGGGACGCGUACCCAACACGAUGCAUGGCCGCCUGUGGGAUGCGACGUCGGCGUUUGCCUGGUCUAAGGCUUGUCGUGAAAUUGAUACCGUGCUCAUCUCUACACAGCGGACGGAGAAGCUACUCUACGAGACAAAGCCCGAGGAUCUCGAUGAGUUUAGCUUGUUAAUCGUAGAGCUAAGAUACGGUACGGAGAGGAUAGAGAAAUGGAUUGAGGACUCGAAAAGGCAAAAACAACAACCGCUGUUAGAGAUAAUCUAGCGAGCUAAUACCCCUUAGAUAAUAGUGUACGAGGCAUAGGCUAUAGUAUAGUAGAUAGAAAGCAUAGUGGAAAAUGUCAGUGUACUAAACAGGUGAUGUUAAUAUCUUGGACACUAAAAAUGGCAUCUUCUUCAUGGCGAUGCAACAAGGCACCGCUCACAAUGAAAACGUAUUUUCUUUUCGCAAAGAGGAGAACAAAAAUUGCGCCCACUACGAUCCACGAGGGAUAAUAGAAGAGGGUCGACUCCGCGAUGUGCAAUGCAGGUCUUUCCCCUUAAGAAUCC